CUGCUUCUUUGAUUAGAGUCUAGAAAAUUCUUAUUCAUGGAUUUCAUAGGACACGUCAGCUCACAACAAUGGAGAGCUAUUGAGUCUAUGGAGUGAUGGGGUGUGAUUGUAAAACGAAGUGUCGGACUAGGAAAUGCCCCUGUCGAGAUAGGAGUAAACCAUGCGACCCUACAGAGUGCAUAGCAUGCCAGAAAACAUGUGAAAAUAAACCCGGUCAGAGUGCACCAAAGAGGCAUGUAAAGAUUCAACAGCCUGCUACGACUCAAGCUGCUACAGUAAGGCCUACAAAUGCUGCCCCGCUGAGUGACCUAUGGAAGAAGUCUGGAGUAGUGCAUUCUCAGAACGUACCAGAACAACUGCAAGGAAUGAUGGGAGUAGUGCAUUCUCAGGAUGUACCAGAUCCGCAGCAAGGAAUGAUGGGUGUACAGGUAUCGCCUCAAGGCACAACUGGAUCUGAAGACUCAUGGCUAAAACCAUAUUUAACACUAACAGAAGAAGAAGAAGCAAGAAGUGGAUUUGAGGAUGUUGAUAUUUCAGACACAGUGUUAGAUUAUUCACAGGGACAGACAUAUCCCUCUGCUCAAGAACAAAAUAUUAACAAAAAUACUGCCACACCAAAUGUAGCACAAAAAAUACAAGAGAAGACAUCGUCACCAGCUACAGCAUGGAAGAACCAGAUGGAAACAUCGACAUCAAGUAAUAACCAGAGAAAUACAUUUUCCUCAGCACUAAAUGAACUGGUACAAAAACGUUCAGCAACUGUAGCACAAAAUAAGCUGGAACCAACAUCUCCACGGGGAAAGACAUAUCCCUCUGCUCAAAAACAAAAUAUCAACAAACAGACUGCUUCACUAAAUGUAGCACAAAAGAUGCAGGAGCAGACAGUUUCACUAGCUAGAAAGACCCAGAAAGAACCUUUAAUAUCAAGUUAUAUAAUGUCCUCAGCACUUAAUGAACUGGGACAGAAACGGUUAGCAACUGUUGCACAAAAUAAGCUGGAACCGACAUCUUCACGGGGAAAGACAUAUCCCUCUGCUCAAGAACAAAAUAUCAACAAACAGACUGCUUCACUAAAUGUAGCACAAAAGAUGCAGGAGCAGACAGUUUCACUUGCUAGAAAGAACCAGAAAGAACCAUCAAGUAAUAACCAGAGACAUAUAAUUCCCCCAGCGCGUAAUGAACUGGGACAGAAACGUUCAGCAACUGUAGCACAAAAUAAGCUUGAACCAACAUCUUCAAAAGCUAUAACAAUUGAUCGGCAUGUAGACCCAGAUUCAAUAAAUAUCAAGGGUCAUAUAAAUCCCUCGACGAAUGCGGCAGAUAACCGAAGACAUACAUCGUUUGAAGCACAGACACAGGCGUUUACCCAGCCUAUAGCACUUACUAGUUUUGGAAAGGCAUCUAGCGCUAAUGCUAUAAGACAUGCUGGGACCAAGAGAUCCCAACAUAGCCCAGGAAUAGACAGAGACAGUGGAAAAAUGAGUCAUCCAGCUGUAGACGGCAUUCCUGCAGCUAAACAAGCAAAGCAGAGCGGUGGUACAACAAAACCAAACAUGGUUGUAACAGAGCCAAAUAAUAAUGAUACAGCAAAGGACAAUAAAAGAGAUCCUCAAAGAUCAAGUGCAGCAAUGGCAGGUAAACAACAAGUGAAGGUAAAACAUGGAAACCAAAAGAUGGUAGGUGGAAACAUUUAUCACCUUUCUGACACUGCAACAGAUGAUUCUGAUGAGGAAAGAGAAGAAAAUGAAUGUGAUACAGGUGAUCAACAAACUGAAACUAACUUUUGUGAUUUCAAUGACUCUUUGAAUCCAGAGCCAGUAGAUAUAUAUCCAAUGCCAAAAGAAAUGUUACAUAUCCAUCCACAUGAAACACAAGUAAAAAAUUCAUAUUUCCCUAUUCAAGAGUUUCUUGCCCAAGACAUAAUAAACAGAAUUUCUCUCAUACUCAGUCCUGAGUACAAAUUAGAAAGAAACAUAGACAGUGAAAAUACUUCACUGUGUCCCAGUCCAAUUCCAACUUCUUUAGAUGGGUUUGAAGGGUUUGAUUUCCGUAUAUACACUGCAAGAUCUGUAAUGUUACGAGAUCAAACUAUAGCUAGGUUGUGUCAAAGGGAAAUGGCUUGUUUUCCUGAAGAGUUGUACAAUAACCCAAUUGAGUUAUAUAAAGAGGGUGAAAAGAAGGUCAAGACAUACCAACUGACUAAGGGCUUUAAAAAAGACUUCACUGAAUUCAAAAAACAAGCUGAACAAAAUCCUAAAAUGCUGCAUCUAGUUAUUGCUGAUGAAGCACACUGGGGAUCAGAUGCAUCUACUGAAAAAGUAGAUCGUGCAAAUGAAAAAUUUGUCAAUUCUUGGAAAAAUGAUAUACAUGGUAAUGUCAUUGUUCUUCAAGUUACAGCUACACCUUUUAACUUAUUAAGCACAAACACACGACUCCCAAGCGAAAAGUACUGUGCAAAUAGAAUUGAUGACAACGAACUCAUUUUAGUCCAAGAAAAAGCAAAACGUUUAAUGCAUGACAAGACUGAUGUGACUCGAACCGUUGGACCAAAAAAUGAUUUACAUCAUGUAAGAUGGUCUGAAUCAUUGAGACAUCGCUUGGAGCAAGGUAUAGUAGUCACUCUACAAAUUCCCCAAAAGAGAAGUAGAGGUUCUUUUGAUCAAGUUUGGCUUGAAGUUAGGAACAAAAAACUUUGUAAAAGUCAAAAUCCGAAACCCAGCGAACUUACCAUUAAUGGUAAAAAUGGGAUAGUAAGCGUGAGGCACGAGGGAAAUAUUCUAGCUGCCAUAAAUCAUGAUAGUGGCACCAGUUUAGAGUUUAUAGAUGAAAAUGAUUCAAACGGUAAAUGCACAGAGUUUAACAUCUUUUUGGAAUAUGGGGAAGAUGUGUUUCAAUUAUCUGCAAGAACAGAGACAAAACACAAAAACUUCCUAAAAUAUUGCACAAAAGAGGAAUGCAUGAUACUUGACAGAAAACCAACCGAAACCUACAAGGAAUUGGGUGGCCUCAAGUUUGUGCAAGACAUUCAUUACCUGAUGGUAAUUGGCAUAUGCAAGGCUUCACAGCUAGGUACCUUAAAUACUAAAAGCAAAAGGUACCUGUCAUUGACAUUCUACUAUAACAGUAUAAGGAACAAGGAGAAAGAUGAACAGCUCAUCAGGUAUGAUGAGGAUUUUUCUGAUCUCAGUAAGAAAUCUGAAGUACUGAAAAACAACAAGAAUCUAGAUGGUCUUUUAGCUUCAGAAUAUGCUUUCUUCAUACUAAGCAAUGAAGGACUUCGGUCUUUGAUGCUACAUAUCUCCUCAUAUGAGAGGCUCUCAAUUCCAAAAACAGAAUUUGUAUCUUGGAUUACAAAAAUCCAUAAACUUCGGGAUGAGAGAACAAAACUGUUUGCAAAAAAUCUGGAUGAGAAUAAAGAACAGGUUGAACCAGAAAAUAACCUGAAAUUGAUUUUUGAGGAAGUUAUAGACAACUUGAAGAAUAUACCGCAAAGGUCAAUCCACAGAGAUGUAUACAUUAGGCUCAUGAAAAGUAUCAUAUACGGACAAGACUUUGAGAUUGAUCAAGAUUGCCCAGAAAUGCUAGAAAAAGAUCAGUUACAAGCUGCCUUUGAUGUUUGUCUGAAAGAAUCUGAAACGUUGAAAAUAGUAAAUGACUUGAUUCAGGAUCAAAGCGCUCUAAAAAAUGGGUUGAAAGGUAAAAUGAAAAUCAUCAGAGCAACUGGUGUUGAAAAUGGAAAUAAAAUCUAUAAGAUUUUGUGUCAGGCAAGGCAAGUAGCUGGCGGAACUGACAAAAACUACAUGUUUGAAAUAAUUCGAGAUUAUGACAAUUUCAAAAUAUGUGACAUUAACAAUGAACAAAAGGAUGAGACUUCGGCACUUUAUCGUAUACGGCAAGUUUUACAGACCAAUGACUGCCAACAUGUAGAUGAUGAGUCAAGAGAAAUGUGCCAGUGUAAGCGGUUGGAAUAUGAAUCUAAAUCGCUUACAUGCAAAAAUUGUAACCAUAGACACAAAUCAGUGAGACAAUAUUCUGACCUAGAAAAUCUCCCAUGUAUUCUAAUUCUAGUAGAGAAAGGAAGAAUGGGUGAUACAUUCCCUUCAAGUUUCAACACAAUGGAUCUGAGACUACACUUCCAAGACUCAAGAAAUCCACCUUAUUUUAACUCAAUAGUGCAGGAACUUGGAAGAUUGUGUCGAUAUUCAGAAGAAAUGGCACUCAAUAAACUACCAUAUGUGCUCAUUGGAAAAUAUCUUUACGAAAACUUCAAAAAUUCUCUGGACACAAGCGCUGUUUACUAUGGAUACGUAGAGCAAAAGCCAGGCUUAUUGGAUCGCAGAUUAAAGGCCAACAACAAAGCUGGUGGAAAAGGUGCUGAUGUAGAUAACGAAACGAAGCACUACAACAGAAUACUGCUGAGUGCAGAACCACAAAUAGGGAAGACUGGCACCUAUCUGAAAUUAAUUUCACUCAUAAGAAACAAAAUUAUAAGAAGAAAGGUGAAACCACAAAUAGCUUUGGAGGAAUGUAGUGUAGGUGAUGAGGAGCUCUCAGAUGACAGUACUGGCAAUGAAAGUGAUGAUGAAACAAUUCAAGGCUCAGAACAAGACAAAUCAGAGUUCUGGCUUUAUCCAUAUCAUAAGAUGUUUGAGCAUGGAAUACUAAAAGCAGAAAUAAGCUGCAAAUCUAAAUAUUACCCAAUAUAUGGUCCAUACAAACAUAGAAAGGUGCCCACCAACAGAUUUCCACCAAAAUACAUGAGGAAGGAAACAAACAGAAAAAGCAAAAAGAAGGGAAAAGAAACGAUUGGUGAAAACCUAUACAGACCAAUGACAAGGGAUCAUACGUGCCCAACAUGUAUGAUUGAAGGAAUGAACUCUCAUGAAAUUGAAAUAACAAUCAAAAAACAAUCUACUUCAAUAUCUAUACCAAACAGCAGGCACUAUCAAAUGAGAGUCAUGAACACCCUCGAUAGAUUAUCCUCAGAAACCUCAAAGAAUCCUAAAACUGGAAAUGAGUUAGAGUCUUGGAUCUUUACCCCAACCUACGGCAGGGCUACAACAGGAUCGGUUAACCUCUGUAAGACCAUGCGGCUCACAAAGGGAACUUCUUGUGAAUUCAUUCAUGUGUUAGUGGUGAAACCAGAAGAGUAUGAAGAAUACUGUCUGAAUUGGAGAACUACCCAUGCCAUCUUGAAGCUACCAGAAACUAUGGAAGGUGCUGAUGUACACGAAGGAGGAGUAGGCUAUAGCAGGAGAUUUAUACAGCUCUUUGCAGAGAAGUUCAAUCUUGACACGAUAUUCAUGAUAGAUGAUAAUUUUGCUGCAUUCAAGGAAGUUAGAGAGGCAAGGGACCAAUUAGGAUUCAUUGUGGAAAGGAAUGCGCAUGAUGGAACAUUGGAAACUAAAAAUGUUCCUCUUUAUGGAGUGCUGAAACAUCUAGAAAACAUUGGAUCCGAAAAUCACUUUGUUGUGCAGAACACAUAUACUCCCAAAAAGGAAUGCAAGGAAAACACUAUAUCAAGUUAUACAGGACCACUGUCGGAAUAUGGUAUAGUUGGAAUGCUCAAGAUGAGAGAAGGCAGCCUCAGAGUGACAAAACCAUUCAAACAAACACAUGUAUAUUCUCUUGUCCUUGUAAAUAUAAAAGCACUCAAAGCAAAGGGUGUUAAGUACAAACCAUGGCCUGUGUUUGAAGACUUGAAUAUGAACAAUGAUGCGGAUAUCAAGGGGCUAAAUGUGGUGAAGUUUAGCAGAUUCUUUAUGGUGAAGCGUAACCUGAAGUCUUGGAUCAGUGAAAUUUGUACCUACAGCCUAGAAGACUUCAUACCAGAUGACAGCCUCCCAAUGGCCCAAGGAUGGUAUGACAAACUUUUCAGAUGGCUUAGAUGCAACGCACGACCAGACAAAAUAAAACAGAUUGAAACAAAAAGGGAACACAUCGAUAACAACCAUGAGGAAAAAGCAAGAUGUCUCAUAAAGAAACUGGGAGGAUACACAAACAGGGAUCAUAAUCGACACCAGAUUUUGAUUACAAAUGUAGAAGGGUGGCUGGAUGAAGAGACCAUGAAAUCGUCGAUACUUGACAAGAUAAAACCGGAUGAUAAAUGUAACACAAUGGUUAUGUUAACCUCUGCAGAAAUGCAGAUAUUUGGUGAACUACUGACAAAGUCAGAGUAUGACUGCAUGAUAGUUAGCAGCCACAACAUAUCGGAAUACAGUGUUCCGUAUGUUCUCUUACACAUUCAAAAUGCCAAGUAUGAAUACCAAGAGGACAUGGAUUUGUCAACAGAUAAUAGUGUUAUUGAAAUUGACACGACAGAGGCAAUUGCAAGUUGCAGUAUGGAACAACAAAGUGAGGACAUUAGUAGGGAAGAAGAGAUGGACACACAGCCAGAUGACUCAAUACUUACUGCAGAUGUAGAUGAUGCUACCUGUCUACAUGGGAGUUUUCAGACAUGGAUCAACUCUGCUCAGAUUUUUUAUAACAAAAUCAAAGAUCUAGAAGAAGAAAACACCAAGUUGAAGAAAGAAAUUGCUAAUCUUAAGGAUCAUAAGUUGCCAAUAGUAGGUCAGAACCACUUAUAUGGAUGUAAUGUCUGUGGAAAUGAGAACAUGGACACAUUCUUCCAUUGCAUACUGUGUAAGGACUAUGAUAUAUGUGUUGAAUGCAUGAACACAACAUCACAUCAACACCCAGUACUACAUGUUGUUCUCAAGCCACACUAAUCCAGAAGUUUUGUUUUAAUGGCCAUUACCAGUACGGUACAAAAGUUCUAUGUGUUCAUAAUCAUAAUGUAUUAUUUUCAUGCAGAGCCCUGAAAAUACGUACAUCUCAAAAUGUAAUACUGGUAGAGUGAAUCUGUUUUUUCGCAAUGCAGCGGCAGAUAAAAAAUGUUGAACCCAGAAAAAGUGUUCACAUUAAGAGGUUUCAAAUUAAGAAGUUUCGAUGUAGAGGUUUUAUUACGUAUUUCUUUUAAAACACUGUUUUUCAUGUGUGUAAAGGAUUGAAGACUCGUGCUCUGUAUGUAAUAUAUCGCUCGUUUAUUGUAUGAUAUCCAUAAUACUCGACCUAUUGUCGUUAAGUGUAAGCAACAAUAAACUAGCAAUAUGCUUAUUAUAAUUUGUAUACAUUCCUUGGGUUACCUUUUUGGCUCACCCUGUACAAAA